AUGUGGCACAGCCUACCCAGUGGCCUGCAGUCAGCACAUACCAGCUACCAAUCAGCGCAACUUGGCUACCAGCCUGUGCCCCAGCCUAGUGGCCUGCAGUCAGCACAUACCAGCUAUCAAUUAGCGCAACUCGGCUACCAGUCUGUGGCCCAGCCCAGUGACCAACAACCAGCACAAGCAGUCUCUCAAUCUGUGGACCAGUCCAGUGGCCAACAGUUAGCACAAGCCAGGUAUGUGGCACAGCCUAGUAGCCAAAAACCAGGACUGACCCGAUACCGGUAUGUCUCGCAGCCCAGUGGCCUGCAGUCAACACAAGCCCGCUACCAGCCUGUGCCCCAGCCUAGUGGCCUGCAGUCAGCACAUACCAGCUACCAAUCGGCGCAACUCGGCUACCAGUCUGUGGCCCAGCCCAGUGUCCAACAACCAGCACAAGCAGUUUCACAGUUUGUGGACCAGUCUAGUGCCCACCAGUUAGCACAAACCCAGCCCAGUAUCCAACAACCAGCACAAGAAGUCUCUCAAUCUGUGGACCAGUCCAGUGGCCACCAAUUAGCACAAGCCAGCUACCAGUCUGUGGCCCAGCCCAGUGACCAACAACCAGCACAAGCAGUCUCUCAAUCUGUGGACCAGUCCAGUGGCCAACAGUUAGCACAAGCCAGGUAUGUCUCGCAGCCCAGUGGCCUGCAGUCAGCACAUACCAGCUACCAAUCAGCGCAACUUGGCUACCAGCCUGUGCCCCAGCCUAGUGGCCUGCAGUCAGCACAUACCAGCUAUCAAUCAGCGCAACUCGGCUACCAGUCUGUGGCCCAGCCCAGUGGCCAACAACCAGCACAAGCAGUCUCUCAAUCUGUGGACCAGUCCAGUGGCCAACAGUUAGCACAAGCCAGGUAUGUGGCACAGCCUAGUAGCCAAAAACCAGGACUGACCCGAUACCGGUAUGUCUCUCAGCCCAGUGGCCUGCAGUCAACACAAGCCCGCUACCAGCCUGUGCCCCAGCCUAGUGGCCUGCAGUCAGCACAUACCAGCUACCAAUCGGCGCAACUCGGCUACCAGUCUGUGGCCCAGCCCAGUGUCCAACAACCAGCACAAGCAGUUUCACAGUUUGUGGACCAGUCUAGUGCCCACCAGUUAGCACAAACCCAGCCCAGUAUCCAACAACCAGCACAAGAAGUCUCUCAAUCUGUGGACCAGUCCAGUGGCCACCAAUUAGCACAAGCCAGCUACCAGUCUGUGGCCCAGCCCAGUGACCAACAACCAGCACAAGCAGUCUCUCAAUCUGUGGACCAGUCCAGUGGCCAACAGUUAGCACAAGCCAGGUAUGUGGCACAGCCUAGUAGCCAAAAACCAGGACUGACCCGAUACCGGUAUGUCUCGCAGCCCAGUGGCCUGCAGUCAGCACAUACCAGCUACCAAUCAGCGCAACUUGGCUACCAGCCUGUGCCCCAGCCUAGUGGCCUGCAGUCAGCACAUACCAGCUAUCAAUCAGCGCAACUCGGCUACCAGUCUGUGGCCCAGCCCAGUGGCCAACAACCAGCACAAGCAGUCUCUCAAUCUGUGGACCAGUCCAGUGGCCAACAGUUAGCACAAGCCAGGUAUGUGGCACAGCCUAGUAGCCAAAAACCAGGACUGACCCGAUACCGGUAUGUCUCUCAGCCCAGUGGCCUGCAGUCAACACAUACCAGCUACCAAUCAGCACAAGCGCGCUACCCAUCUGUGUCCAGGCCCAAUGGCCAAAAACCAGGACAGGCCCUAUACCAGUCUGUGCCCCAGCUCAGCGGCCAAUAUGUGUCUCGGUCUGGAUUCCAGCUCUUUACUAUGCCAGAGCAGUCAAGUUAUGAGUCUCUUUCCAGUUUUGGUUCCCAACCCCUAGAGCAACCCAGUAAUGUACAACUUGCUUCAAGCUAUGAGUCCGUGCAGCCUGACCUUCAGUAUACAGCACCACUGCACUCCCAGACUACUCAAAACAAGCGCUUCUCACCAGGCAUGUUGAGGCUGUUGCAACAAGUGAAGUCAUAGCUGCAUAGUUGAUUAACAUGUUCAUUUAGUGUUUUGCUCUGGGUUUUUUGAAACAAUAAAUCCAUUUAUUAAACGGUGACUUGUGGUUUUUGGUGUUU